AUGAAGAUCCGCAAAGGCUGCUGCGACAAUUUACAUAUAAUCUUCGAUGAGGUAACAGCGAAAUGCGUGCUCUUACACAAGGACAAAAUUCCGGCGGAGGACGAGAAAAGCCCCACUAAAUUGAUUGGCUUUUUAUCAUGUUUAGUCGAGUGCAUUUAUAAAAGUCGCAAUUAUUUCACCAAAGACGCUGAGGAUAUUGAUAUGCAAGCUGUGAAGGAGGAUGUGGCGAUUACGUAUGCGGAUCGUCCCAAAGAGCAGCAAUAUUAUAUUGAAAUGUACGAAUACUGUCGCAAAGAUGCUGCAAAGAUUUACGGACAGAUUAAGGGUAAUCCCGCCAGCAAGAUUUUCUUUAAGAAAGCCUGCAAACCUUAUUACACAUUCGUCUAUUUAUGCCAAGCUGAGUAUCAUAAGAAGACAACGUGUCCAUACUUUACUUGGGAAGGUGACGAAAAACCACCAACAAAGCAAGAAUGUAAAUCGGCAAAGGAUCAAUGUUAUAAGAUCGAUGGUUUAACUCCACCGGAGGAAUAUGAGUUCGACUCUUGA